CCUUCUUUCCCGCAAGAACAUCUCAAUCCAACAUUACAUUAUAUCAAUACGCCCUCUGAGACCGAGGUUCAUUUCUGCAGCCUUCCAAUUAUCAUGAGCCAGCAAAUAUAGCCGAAAUAUAUCAGAAAGGUUUUCUGUAGAGGAUCUGCUGUUCAGAACAUAUCAACUUCGACAGCAAGAUGGGUAACGGUCUAUCGUCAGCAUUGGACCCUACUCAAGGCAAAGGUGUCAUAUCAGUCCCUGAUGGGUACACGACACCUCCGUGGCCGUCCCUCUACCUCCCGACUUUAGACUCCACUGUGGAACAGCGAGGAAUCUUCUUAUAUGAAGCUGAAGCUAUUUGGCGCUUCACAUUAUACUGGACUAUACUUCUCGUCUGCUCGCUUUUCCUCAUUUGUGCCCUAAUGGCCUCCUUCACCCUCUUAUUAUCCCUGACAGUAUUUCGCUCCCCUGAUCCUCUACCUCUAGUGCCGAAGUCAGAUGAUUCCAAAAGCAACGAGACACCGCCCUAUCGCACCACUUCCCCCAAUACAGGCGCUUCAGCGACAUCAUUCUCCACACCCCUAUUCAAACGUCAUCGACCGUUCGAAAGGCCCAAAAGGAAAAAGCCUCCAUUUUGGCCAGUUAUACUACUACCGAUUGUAAUGACAGUUGCUGCUGGGAUAAUCUCGAUCAUCAGCAGUACUAUUGUUGGGUUUGCGUUGGCAGCAAUCUAUUCAGCAGGAGGUUUCAGCAUGUCGACAUGGGUACCCUUUCUGUGGGCACUUAUUCAGGCUCUUGUCCUUGUUAUAUCGAGUUAUUCAACCCUCGCGACAAUUCUUUAAUGUACCAGUAUAUUAUUAUCCCUUAUUAUUCCGCUGUAUCUUUUCAGUAUCGGAGGUAGCAUCACUCUCUGUUGUUGAUCAGUCGACCAAACGCACCGUCUUCAGACAAUUCCAGGACGUUGUCGUCAGGACAGUCUUGAGUGAUGAUCUUCAGAACCUUAAGUGUAAUCGAACAUGCAUUAGUUGUAC